CCACAUUGGAGGAGAGUUGCACCCAGAGUCGCUCCGCUGGUUGUAGUAGAGGAUAUCACAUCAGAAAAGAGCAAAAAUGGUUGAGAAAUUUGUCGGGACGUGGAAGAUGAUUUCCAGCGAGAACUUUGACGACUACAUGAAAGCAAUUGGUGUGGGAUUUGCGACCCGGCAGGUGGGGAAUCGGACCAAACCCAAUUUGAUAGUGACCGUGGACGAUCAAGGGAUUGUAUGCCUGAAGUCUCAGAGCACCUUCAAAACUACCGAAAUCAAAUUCAAGCUCAACGAGCCAUUUGAGGAGAUAACCGCAGACGAUAGGAAGACAAUGACCGUGGUGACUCUGGAGAACGACAAACUUGUGCAGAAACAGAGCUGGGAUGGCAAAGAGACGAAUAUCGAGAGGGAGAUCUCAGAUGGGAAAUUGAUAGCGAAAUGCAUAAUGGGAGACGUGAUUGCAGUGAGAAUGUACGUAAAGGAGGCGUGAUGGGGAUGAUUGGCUCAGUUCAAUGGGCGUAAUACCAAACUAAAGGCGUGUUCUGCUCUUUCUAUUCUUUAUCUUCACUGUGUUGCCAAAAUCACAUUUAUGUGCAUCUGUUCUCCAACAUGACACAUUUGGUUUCAUUUGGAAUUGUUGAUGAUUUGAAUAAAAAUGAAAUUUGUUGAAAUGG